AUGACCAAAGCCAUCUUAUGUGCUCCUCCUUUUAACUUGCAAAGUACUCUUCUUCCAUCUAUUAAUUUCAAGGAGUGGAUGUUAGAAAGGGUUGUACAGUUACAACCGGAUUUGUUUGCUAAAUUGCUAAUGAUUAUCCAUGGAGUUUGGAGGAACAGAAACAGUACAUUGUGGCAAAAUAAAACACAAACAGCGCAAGAUUUGAUGUUGAGCAGUUUUACAUGGUUAGAAGAGUUCCAUGCGGUCCAUGCCAUUCCCAACAGAGCAAGUAAGUUGCAGCAGAAAGCAUGGAGACCUGCUGCACAAGGAAGCCUUACGUUGAAUGUUGACGCGGCUUUCCUUCCUGAUCAACACCACGGUGGCAUAGGGGGAGUGCUUAGAGACUGCCGAGGACGAUUUAUAGCAGCCUUUGCACGUCCCAUCCCUUAUACUGCUUCUCCAAAACAGUGUGAAAUGUUAGCAAUACGUGAAGGGCUGGAUCUGCUACUUUCCCUUCAGCAGAAAAAUGUGGUUCUUCAAAGUGAUUGUGCAGAAGCUAUUACAGAGAUUCAGAGUCCAGAUCACAGCUGCUUAGCUAAUGGAGGUCUCAUUGAUGAUAUAAAACAGGUCUGCCACCAACUCGAAGGAAUUCAAUUAAUUCAUACUCCUCGAAGCUGCAAUGGGGUUGCGCACCGACUUGCUGCACUAGGUUUUGAAGCAAGUCAUGCUUCUGUUUGGUUGUAUCAAGCACCAGCGUGCUUACUUGAUGUUCUCCACCAUGAUUGUAAUAAGCUCAAUUGA